AUGCCGGCGUGUGAGAGGGCUGGUUGGACUCCCCUACAUAUCGCCUCUUCAGCAGGCCGUGAGGAAAUUGUGAAAGCCCUCAUAGCCCAGGGUGCUCCUGUAAAUGCUGUCAAUCAGAACGGCUGUACGCCCCUGCAUUAUGCAGCCUCCAAAAAUAAACAGGAGAUUGCAGUUAUGCUUUUGGAGAACGGAGCUGAUCCAGAUGCAAGAGAUCAUUUUGAAUCCACCCCGUUACACAGAGCAGCAGCCAAAGGAAACCUAAAAAUGGUGCAGAUCCUUCUCCAGCACAAUGCAUCUGUUGAUAUACGGGACUCUGAAGGGAAUACUCCUCUUCAUUUAGCCUGCGAUGAAGAGAGAGUGGAGGAGGCGAAGCUGCUGGUGUCUCAUGGUGCAAGUAUUCACAUUGAGAAUAAAGAAGAGCUGACCCCACUGAAAGUGGCCAAGGGUGGCCUGGGAGCCAUACUUAAGAGGAUGGUGGAAGGCUAGUGGGGACUGCUGGCUUGACUCUUUCCUGUGGCACUUGCAUUCGAGAUUGCAGUCUUGGUAUUUUGAUAGUUCCUCUGGGAUGUGGUGUAUGGGCAUCAGUGUGGUGAUACAAUGUGUAUCUUUAGCUUUCUUUCAAAUACAGUGCCAAAAGAACUGUUUGUACUUCCUGUUAAUUAAACAGUUUGCUGAUUAUAAAGUAUUU